AUGGCUCAGCUCACAGAAAAGCUGGCCACAUGUGAAGAGCUUUUGACGGACUUGCUCCAAGAUCAAGAGCUCUUUCGAAGUGAGCAGCUGCGGCUUCUCCGAGGAUUGGUUACACAACUGGCCAGCAAGUUGUGGAAGGGCCGAAAGGGAUCAGGACGGUCAGGGUCAAGAGACGAGUGUACAGACACUCCGACUCCACAUGGAGCUGAAGAGCUGCUGCCCAGUUCGGUCGAUGCACACGAAGCUGGAGCUUACUCAAAGUCGACUGCUUUGGAGGCUCCUUUGCAGGUUUGCAUGGUGAAGCCUGCUCAACUGAGCCGACUGCUUUACACGAACCCGGUUUGUAUUCUAAGCUCCUGCGAUGAAAGACUCCGUCGCAACUUGAUGACCAUCAGUUGGCUCACGCCCAUCGACAAUCACGGUCGCUUGAUUUGCUCCAUCAAUAAACGUCGGCACUCCGCUUCUGGAAUCCUUGCUCAGCGGCUCUUUGUGCUGAACGUUCCAAGUGCAGAGCUUGCGCAGACAGUGCUGGAAGUUGGUGGCAGUAGUGGUGAAGUAGUUGAUAAAAUCGAGUGCUUCUCGUCAGCCUUGGGUGGAUGCUGUAGCCCUGGCUGGAAGCCGUUGGAUUGGCCUCCUCAAGUCUCGCCCGAGUCCCCUGAGUCUCCAGUUUUUGCCCUCUAUGGCUGUGUGGCGCACCUGGUCAUUCAAGUGCACGCUGAUUUGACAGCUUCGUCUGGCCAAGAUGCGCAUUACAUACUUUCUUGUUCCAUACUCCACGCGUAUGUUCGGGCAUCCUACUGGGAUGGAAAGAUUUUUUGUCCACGCCACAAGGGCACGGUGCCGUAUUUGACCUUCUUUGGAAGCCAGACCUUCGGAGUAGUUCUUCCAAAGUGA